CUACCUCAGAACCGGAAAUAAUACAGCAUACACAACGCUGGGGUUUCCGUGCCACACGUGGGUCUCUGUGUCAGAGUAAGUUAUGUUAUAUUGUUUGUUUAAAUAAAACAAAACAUAAAAGUAUGCCAAAGAGAGCGAAGGCCAAGUCGGAGGAAAAGCCUCCAGCAGAAGAGCGGGUCGAGGAGCUGCUAAUGGAGGGCAGGCGGACCCGCAGCGGCCGCACGGUGCGCCCUUCUACCGCGCUGCUAGACUCCAAAACCCCAGUAAAGACUCCCAGCAGGAGGACAAGGAGGUCCGUCCGCCAGGAUCUCCCGCCGCCGGUGGAAGAGGAAAUCCCCGAGGAUACGGAGCAGAAGUCACCGUUACUGACCGUAGAGGAACCCGAUGUGCCUAGAGAACCAGAGCCCACAGAAUGCACCGAACCAACAGAGCCUUCAGAGCCGCAGCCCGCCCAGACAACAGCGGUGGAGCCAGAAUCACCUGAGGGUGGAGAACACCGACUGCCCUCACCUGUACCAGUAGAAACAGCUCCACAAGGUUCGGAUAGCAUCCCUAAGAAGAAGCCUCGCCUGGCUCCAAACACUAAACAGAUCCCGGUGGUUCCACUGGGGAAACCGAAGUCAGGAAGAGUGUGGAAGGAGCGCAACAAGCAGAGGUUCUCUGCUCUGCUUAGAGACAAACCACUGUGCUCCUCCUGGGAGAAGAAGAUGCAGGCCAAGCGUGAAAAGGACCUUGUCAAACAGUUCACAGCAAAGCUGAAGGAGGAGAAGGCUCAAAAGAUGGAGGAGAAGAGGAAAAGACGAGAGGAGAACCUGAAACGGCGAGCAGAAAACGAACGCAAGGCUGAGAUUGUGCAAGUGAUCCGCAACACGGCCAAGAUCAAAAGGAUGAAGAAGAAGCAGCUGAGGAAGGUUGAGAAGCGAGAUACUCUGGCUCUGCUUCAGAAGUCACAGAAGCAGAACAUGCCAAGCAAAGUGAAGAAAGAUGUUAAGCAAGAUUUAACUUAAAAACUGUCUGACAAUAAAUCCCAACUAUUCAGAAAAGAUGGUCUGUGAAGAUCUUUUUAUCAGAUCGAGUUAAAACCUUUAUUCUUCAUGAAGAGGUGUUCCUAAGAUAAAGACUUGCUGACCAUUUUAUCAGGUAUAUCUUACUUUAAAACAGUCCAAAACCUGUGUGUCUAUUUGGAGAGAUUCCUCUCCAAAUAGACACACAGGUUUUGCCUGCUGCAGAUCUCCAAUUCUGAGGAGUUAUUUGUCUAUUCUUUAACCUGGAGGUUUCUGCUCAUUAUGAAAGGUUAGGACACUUACUCAGUCUAACCACAAGAGGGCGCUGUCACGUGGUCCUAAGGCUCCAACUA